UUUGUUUUUAAAUUAUCCAAAAAAAAUGAUGAAAAAAAUGAAAUCUUCUAUUCAAUUUCAUCGACAACGAUCAUCAUUAUCAAAAUCUUUGAAUCGAAUGUUAAUCAUGAAUUUAUUGACCAUUUUAUUCAUUUUAUUUGGCAUUUUUCAUUCAAGUAUUCAAAGUCAAAAAAAUGUUAAUGAACCGGAAUUUGGUGCACGAUUAAAUAAUCGUCCACAAACAUCGAUAGCAUCACAUAAUCGUCAUGGUCAUCGUUACAAGCAACAAAAAUCAUCAGAUUUAAAUCAGAAUAAUUAUCAUGGAAAAAAAUUAAAUUCGAUUACAUCAUCAUCAUCAUCACCAUUGAAAACAAAAUUGGAAAAGAAAAAAAAUUUGGAUUCAAAUAAUAACAAUAGUAGCAGUAGUGGUGGUAGUGUGGUUGGUAAUGUAAGAAUUUUUCGUAAGAAAAAUAAUAUUUAUUCCAACAAUGGAAAAAAACCAAAUUUUCCUUCGACCACUACUUUGAAAACUUUAUCAACUAACAAUCAAACUGUUUUGAAUAUCACGAAUAAUAAUCAUCAUCAUAAAAAAUGGCCUAUUAAUAACAAGGAAAUGAUUAAUAUUGAUGCUAUUGCUACUACCAAUAAAGUAAAGGCUAAUAAAUCCGCCAAUAACAACAACAGUAUCGAUGAUAAUGAUCAAUCUGCAUCUGAAUCAAUCUAUUCAAAUCAAUAUGUUGUUGUUGGUCAUCAUGAUCAUCAUCAUCAUUCAAAUCAUUCGCAUAAGCAACUAUUACAACAAGAGCAAGAACAUCAUCAUCAUGCCCAAGAUGAUCAGGAAAAGUUUAUAAGACAGCCAAUAUUGGUGGAUAAUUUGAUGGCAAUGUCAAAUGAAUUGCCUCCAUUGACUGCUGCAUUGCCAAUGCAUUAUUUAAGCCAUCAUGAAUCAUCAUCAUCGAUGGAUUCACAUUUAAGUCCUUCGUUAUUCGCAGCUGAUCCAAAUGUUGCCAGUUUAUAUGCACCACAUUCAUCAACGGAUGAAUCAAUAAAUGGUGGUUUGAUUGAAAAACCUGGCAUAAUUAUGCAUCAUACAUUUCCAAUGGCAUUGAAUCAUCAACAGCCUAUCACUCAUCAUUAUUAUGAUCCAUCAUCGUAUUUAGGUCGAGAAUCAUCAGGACUAAUAGAUUCAUCAUCGAUGCAUAACCAUCAUAACGCAAUCAUGAUGAAUGAUCAUAUUCCAGGAAUACCGGGAAAACCAUGGAAAGAUUAUCCAAUGUAUAGUCAGGUGCCAAAAACAACAUUCCAUUGUAAUGGUGCAUAUGGUUAUUUUGCUGAUUUAGAAACUGGUUGUCAAUUAUGGCAUUAUUGUCAACCGGAUGGCCGUCAUGAUUCAUUUCUUUGUACGAAUGGUACCUUAUUCAAUCAGAUGACUAGAGUUUGUGAUUGGUGGUAUAAUGUUGAUUGUGAAAUGUCUCCACAUCUUUAUGGUGUUAAUGCAGAUCUUUAUAAGCAGCCUUUAGCACAUUUACAGCCAUUAACAUAUCACCAACAUAAUCCUAUUUCACAUCUGAUCUGAACAUCAUUACAAACACACCUAUCAUUCAUUCAAAGGUGAAGGUUUAACUAGAUAAAUUUGAUUUUUUUUUAAACAGAAUGCUCGGCU